AGGAGGCAACUCUCGCGGGAAGUUACUCCGUUGCCUCGGUAACGGCGUCGCGGCCGCGAAAGAUGGCAGGUCGAGGUCGUGGCGUGAGGAGACGGACAGGGACUCCGCUCCCGCCCCGCGUUCAGCAACCGGCUGCGCCGCGCCGGGACCUCCUCGCCAAGGAGGAAGAAUAUAAGCGUUUAAAUGCAGAAUUGGAGGCAAAAACAGCUGAUCUCGUUCGACAAGCUGAGGAAGCAAUAAGAGAUCAGCAAGAAGUACGAUCUCAGCCUAUUUCAGCACAAAUUAAAUCAUAUGAAGAUGAUGAUUACAGUUUAAGAGGUCUAUUAUCUGAAGGGACAGUUCAUCUAUAUUCAGAAACUCAGCCAAAGAGCAAAAAUGUUGAUCCAGUAAACAAGGUUAAAAAAAAACUACACUCUGCAAAUAAAGGAAAGAAAACAAAUUCAAGUAUAAAGUUGAAAUACUCUGAUGUACCAACUGCCAAUGAUGUUGCCAUUCCAGAGGAUUUCUCAGACUUUUCUCUUGCAAAAACAGUUAGCAAAAUUGAAGGGCAACUGGAAGAGGAAGGCCUGCCUGAUGAUAUGGAUGACGAUAUUUUCUGUGGUGCUAGUGAAGACAUUGGGACAGAAGCACAGAUCAGAUUUCUGAAGGCCAAACUCCGUGUUAUGCAGCAGGAAUUGGAUAAUGUUGUAUGUGAAUGCAAUAGAAAGGAGGAUGAAAUUCAGGAUUUAAAGUCUCAAGUAAAAAAUUUUGAGGAAGAUUGUGUAAGACAGCAGCGAACAAUUAAUUUGCAACAGUCUCAAACAGAAAAAUAUAAAACUCUUUUCGAAGAAGCAAACAAAAAAUGUGAUGGAUUACAGCAACAGUUGUCUUCAAUAGAAAGGGAAUUAGAAAAUAAAAAAAGACUACAAAAACAAGCUGCCACUACGCAAAGUGCCACGGAGGUUCGCUUGAAUAGAGCUCUAGAAGAAGCAGAAAAAUAUAAAUCGGAGCUAAGUAAAUUCAGACAGAAUAGCAAGGAUAUAGCAAGUGAAGAACACAAAAAAAUUGAAGCAUUAAAAUCAGAAAACAAGAAGCUAGAAAAACAAAAAGGAGAAUUAAUGAUAGGGUUCAAGAAACAAUUAAAAUUAAUUGAUGUUUUAAAAAGGCAGAAGAUGCAUAUUGAAGCUGCCAAGAUGCUGUCUUUCACUGAAGAGGAAUUUAUGAAGGCACUUGACUGGGGAAAUUCUUAAGUGGGGUAUUUUAGUGUCUAUAACUAAGUGUGUGAGGUUAUACAUUUUAUUUAGCUUAAGUUAUAAUGGUUUGAAUUAUUUUUAGUCUUAAGAAAUGAGUUUAUCUGAGAGAAAUUUUGUUUUAAGUUCUUAUUGACAAAUAAAGCACUUUGGAAUUCCUCACCCUUUACUUUUCUCCUCCCUUAUAGUAGACAGAAAAGGAUGCUUUACUUAAUCUAAAAAUUAAUGUUUAAAAAACAUACUAUAUAGAUUAGUUUGCUAAGGCCGCCAUAAGAACCAUAGACUUGAUGGCUUAAACAACAGAAAUUGUCUCAC